AUGGGGCAGUCUCUGUCCCUUGCCGCGCAGCCUGGUGGCUCUGCUGGUAUAGACGUACCGGAACUUUCGGACAUCCUAUAUGAGAAAUCCCUGGGCACAGCACGACUCAUGAAAUGCGUCCGAGCCCGACAUCAAGACGGCCUCGUGGUGGUGAAGCUGGUAAUGAAGCCUUUAGCAACAUUCGAACUCACGGAAUAUGUCAAAAAGAUAAGGUGUGAGUACGUGACUGUAAAGACUUCUUACUGGAUCUCAAGGCUUAUCCGCAUAGCUGAACGGGAUGCCCUCGCGGACAUAUCAAAUGCCCUUGGCUAUCAAAGGGUGUUCGAGACCAGCACAAAUGGGUACCUCGUAAGGCAAUACCACUACAGCUCGCUCUACGACCGAUUAAGCACUCGACCGUUCCUGGAAGAAAUUGAAAAGAAGUGGCUGGCAUUUCAGUUGCUCUGUGCCCUUAAAGAGUCGCAUGCUCGGGACUUAUACCAUGGUGACAUUAAGACUGAGAACGUUCUGGUCACAUCUUGGAACUGGCUGUACCUGACGGACUAUUCUGCGUCCUACAAGCCACCAUCACUUCCGGAGGAUAAUCCAGCAAAUUUUUCUUACUACUUCGAUACAUCUGGAAGGAGAACUUGCUACCUUGCUCCUGAACGCUUUUUGAGUACUCCAGACCAAGACGGAGGCGGGAAAAUCACUUGGGCAAUGGACGUCUUCAGCGCUGGUUGUGUCAUUGCCGAGCUUUUCACAGAAUCACCCAUAUUCAGCUUGAGCCAGCUCUUCAAAUAUCGCAACAAGGAAUAUAAUCCGACUUAUGGAUACUUGGACAAAAUCCAAGAUCAAGACGUCCGCGAAAUGGUAGCCCAUAUGAUUCAGGUGCAGCCUGAAUCAAGAUAUUCUGCAGAUGAAUAUUUGAAUUUUUGGCGCCAUAAAGCUUUUCCCGAAUAUUUUUACAGCUUUCUGCAUCAAUAUAUGGGCCUAAUCACAGAUCCUUCCUCUGGUCGAUCAGCUGUGCAUCCCGAGUCCUCCAAUUUCGGAGAAGCAGAUGAUAGGAUCGACAAGAUAUACUACGAAUUCGACAAGAUUGCUUACUUUCUCGGCUAUGAAGAUGAAUCGGAAGCUAAGUUAGAUGACAUAGUUGGGUCUUGUUCAGGAGAUGACAUAGUACCUAUUAUGAUCGAUUUACCAAACAACAGGCAUCGAGCCGGAGGGCGUGCCCAACCUUCUGUGAACAAUGGCUCAUUGAUUUUUCUCACUCUCAUCGUGUCGUCAUUAAGACACACAGCUAGAUCCUCCGCUAAAGUCCGUGCAUGCGAGCUCAUGCUCGCGUUUGCGGAGCAUGUCACCGAUGAAGCUAAGCUUGAUCGUAUCCUACCAUACCUCGUUGUUCUUCUAGGUGACCGAUCGGACAGUGUAAAGAUCGCAGCACUCCGAACGAUGACCCAGAUGCUUUCAAUCAUCACGACGGUCUCUCCUGUCAACGCUCAUGCGUUCACAGAGUAUAUAAGGCCCCGUUUACAGCAGUUCAUUGGUGGUCCCGGUCUCAAAGCGAGCAACUUAGCACGAGCCACUUAUGCAUCUUGUUUAGCAUCGCUAGCUGAAUCGUCGGUAAGAAUUCUUGACAUGGUCCAGGCUCUUCAUGCGGACGGUUCAAUUCCUACCAUUGACUCUGAUACUGAGGAUGGCCUGGCCACAGAUUUGGCAUAUCAAAAUUCAUUUGACAGUGCGAAAAUUGAUCUUUUGGAAUACUUCGAAACACAUACGAAGGCGCUGUUGACUGAUAAAAAUGCUUCUGUACGCCGAGCGCUCCUUCGUUCUGUUGCUAGACUCUGCGUCUUUUUCGGCAGCUCAAGAGCAAAUGAUGUUAUUUUGAGCCAUCUGAAUACCUAUCUGAACGAUAAAGACUGGAUCUUGAAAUGUGCCUUCUUCCAAACAAUCGUGGGGGUAGCAACAUUCGUAGGAGGACCUAGCCUCGAAGAAUACAUAAUGCCACUCAUGUUUCAGGCUUUGACGGAUCCAGAGGAAUUUGUUGUCCAAACAGUGCUGACGUCUUUCGCGGCUAUGGCUGAGCUGGGACUUUUCCAGAAAGCGAAGACCUGGCAAAUGGUUGAGAUAUGUGCUAGAUUCAUGGUACAUCCAAACAUUUGGGUUCGGGAAGCGGCAGUGCACUUUGUAGCUGCGUCAACUCGGUAUAUCUCCAUCGCAGAUCGGCAAUGUAUUAUAAUUCCUCUGAUCCGACCCUUUUUGAAGAUCUCUCUGACGAGGUUUACGGAGCUUGACAUACUGGACGCAAUCAAGAAGCCCAUCUCGCUCUCAGUGUUCGAGAUGGCGCUGCUAUGGGCGACUAAAACCAAGAACAGUCUUUUUUGGAAACCUGUACAGCAACAACGCACGUCGUUUCUUGCUACAUCUGGGCUUGAUAUUACGGCACAGUCAGCCAAAGACUCAGGCAAGAGUAUAUUGAACGCUGCUCAAAGGAAUGAUGAGGACGAACAAUGGAUGAAGCGACUUCAAGAAGCUGGGAUGACCGCGGAUGAUGAAUUCAAGAUUCAAGCGCUUAAAGAAUAUCUAUGGCGCCUUGCUCCGAAACGUAUUCAACCAGGAAAGAGCAUCAAACCUUCGGUUCUGGAAAAGCUCGUCCUGCUCAAGGAUCUACAUGUUACACCUCAAACAGUAUUCUUUGAGACAGAAUCCAAAAGCAAGCCACGACGCCAUUCAGAUCUUGGACGUCGGCCAAUGAUCCUAAGGAAGAGAUCAGAAGGGCCAACUCAUACCAUUGCCGAUGCGCUACUUGAUGCCUCGACCAACAUCGAUGAUCCUCGAGUUCGAAGGAAACUAUCAAUUGCAGACACUAGGAAAGGGAGGACAGAAGGAAACCAGGUUGCAAAGGAACUUUCCAAAUUUGACUCACCGCAGUCCAUCUCACGAAGUCCUUCAACGACAGGACCGAAAGGAUUUUUACCUCCCAAAACGAAUGAAACUCAUAGGGUUUUCCAAGAUCAUGCAGACGCGGUUCAGAGUGAGGGUACUAUUACGCCCACUGACUCGGUAAAGGCCAGGAGCAUUCUGGGUAAAAAUGAUUUGCGUCACAAAUCUAGUGCGUUAAAAUUACUUAAUCGCCGAGAUACAUUCAAAGCAAAUGCGGAGACUGCUACCAAUUCAGCAAAUGUGGCUGGUAUGAUGGAGGGCCCGUCUCAACCACAAGAAACCUCCAGCAACACCCCAAAGACUGACGUCGGACACUCGUACACCGGCAAUGACCCAACUAUCCUUAGACUUCUUGACUCAUUGGCGCUGGACAAUUAUCCCAGGGACGUGAUCGAGUUUGGCCCCCUCGUUACGCCAGUCAGCAAGCGCCGUUCCUUGAAGAAGAUUGAUCUUCAAGGAAGCGAGCGUCUUUGGAGACCCCAAGGUACCCUCACUGCCACUUUCGGAGAGCACGCUGCUCCCAUCAAUAGAGUACUUCCCUCUCCCGAUCAUGCUUUCUUCAUAACCUGCUCAGACGAUGGCACCGUCAAGAUCUGGGACACGCUAAGACUUGAACGGAAUAUCGCACAUCGAUCUAGGCAUACUUUCACUCACGCGGAGCAUACACAGGUGAAGGCCAUGUGUUUCAUAGAGAAUACGCACACUUUUGUAAGUGCAGCGACAGACGGAAGCAUUAAGGUCGUCAAAAUCGAGUUCAACAUUAUUGGAGACAACCCAAGAUACGGCAAGCCUCGGGUUGUACGCAGUCACAAAUUACCCAAGGGUGAAUAUGCUAUCUGGCUCGAACAUACUAAAACAGAAACGUCGUCUCUGUUAUUGAUUGCUACCAAUAUGUCAAAAAUCAUCGCCUUGGAUCUCAGGAACAUGGUCGAAUUAUAUACCCUCUUCAAUCCUGUCCAUCAUGGUGCACCUACAUGCUUUUGUGCGAACCACAAACAAGGAUGGCUUGUUCUCGGUACAUCACAUGGAGUGCUAGAUCUGUGGGAUCUUCGCUUUCAUGUUCGUCUGAAAGCUUGGAGCCUUACUGGUGGUGUAGCUAUAAACAGAGUUAUGAUUUUCCCGUUCGAUUCGACUGAACGCAAGAUUUGCGUGACUGGUGGUACAGGCCAAAAGGAUAUUACCAUUUGGGAUAUUGAGAAGGGAGAGUGCUGUGAAGUCUUUCGGAUCGGGAUGUCAAAGGGUGGCGGUAAAGACAGCUUGAAACCCUACGAGGCGUGGGGAGUGGACGACGAAAGGCUAGAGGGUAUGCUAGGCCGUUUUGCUACUGCUAUCGAUCCCCUGAAGGGUGAGAGUGAAAAUUACGGUAUUGGGAUACGGACGCUAUCCAUCGGUCUCGACGCCUCUGACGGCGCUAAGCAUGAUAGCAACAGUGGCUUUUUCUUUACAGGCGGGGCAGACAAGAAGCUCCGUGUCUGGGACUGCUCUUCUGUAGGCAGCUCGAAAAUCAUAAGUGGCCUUGGAGCAGAAGAGCCUCAGCCGAAAUACUUCACGUCACAUCCUACCACUGGACUCACAUUACACACGGAGCGUAUAAUUGACGAUACUGGUAGCAAGGCGCGGAGAUCUAGCAGCAAGCAUCCAAGGAGUACUGUGAUCAGUACACAGCAACAGGCUUUGUUGCGGAGCCAUCUAGAUGAAAUCACGGAUGUAUGCUUAUUAGAGUUGCCUGUUGGGAUGACUGUUAGUGUUGAUCGUAUGGGCUGUAUCUAUAUAUUUCAAUGA